AUGUGUAUCGUUGCAUGGCUGAUGGCAUUUGUGUACUGCAAGACUCAUUUCUACCGGGAUCCGGGCAGUGCAUUUUUCGAUGAGGAACGAGCUUUCACUCGACAGUACAGUGCGUACAGAGAGGAGCAGUCAACGACCUUUUUCGAAGAAGCUUCUGCGAAUGCCACCAAAGCAUCAGAGUCUCCCAGCCUGUGUGCUGUAUUCAUGUCCAUCAAAAGAACAGAAAAACAACCCUUAGAUUUAGCUGUCGCUAGUGCCCUACAAGGCCUAACGCCACAGGAAAGAGCAGACGUCAACAUUGGAGUGUUGUUCGCCCAUACAAACCCAGAAGAUCAUCCCAGCUGGCACAAUCCUCGACUUCACGAUUUAGUAGACGAAGCCUUCACAUACAAUCUGGCUCAAGAAGAUCACACGCUGUUACACGAAUGGGAGACUUCUCACAACUACGCGCACAAGGGCGUCUUUGAUUACAUCUACAGCCUUCAACAUUGUUUAAACACGACGGAAUCCCCAUACAUUGCAAUAUUCGAGGACGAUGUCAUUUUCGCUGAUGGCUGGCUCUCAUACACCCUCAACAAUCUUUCCAACCUUCGCAAGAAACUGGCAUCCAACCCUCAGAACUGGCUGUUUCUCAGGCUAUUCAACCAGGAACGUUCGACUGCAUGGGCAUCUAGAGAAAUAGGAGGAAAUCACGAGUUUGUCAUCACGAUCGCCAUGGCCAUUCCGUUAAUUGCUCUAGUCCUUAUCCUCAGAAACUGCUAUCCUGUCCUCUAUCGAUGUAUGGACAACUGGACGCUUGCAGUCGUGUGUCUUGUCAUCCUACCGGCAUUCAUCAUUCUCUUCUAUCAAGCAGGCAAAGCUUCCAUGCUUCCGCCUCGACCAGGCGUACGCGCAGAACCAUUUGGAUGCUGCACACAAGGCCUCAUAUUCCCCAGGAGUACAGCAGAGUUCAUCCUGGACAUACUCGAAGAGCGUGGCAGUGGCCAGCUGGAUAUUGUCUUGAACGAUAUAGCGCGCGAUCAAGGGCUCACACGCUAUGCGCAAUAUCCGGUCAUGAUGCAACAUCUGGGCAAGAACUCUGUACGAAAUACAGUGAAUCGUGAGGCACAAGCCGUAUGGAGCAUGACUUUCGAACAGCUGUCGCCAUAUCAGCUUGAACAACAACAUCUCGAAAUGAAUCGACUCAGAUACGGUGCAUGA